AUCAUCUCUCCCAGUCUCCCUUACCUAAACCCGAAUAAAUGACCCGACCCGAUUGAUCGCAAAUUAGACCCACAAUUCAAACCAGCCCAGAGAAAUCGCCAUCUUCUUCCUUGUCUACUUGAAGGGAGAAAGAUAGAGAGAGGGCGAAGAUAAUCAAUCAGUGAUGGGAGAUCUAAAAGUAGACGACGAUGCGAUUCUUAAAUCCUUCCUCGCGGAGGUCGGUGAGGUUGAGAGGGACAACGAAGUCGUCAGGAUUCUCUCAUGCUUCAAGCUGAACCCGUUUGAGCAUCUUAACUUAUCUUUCGAUUCUUCCACGGAUGACGUUAAACGGCAGUACAGAAAGAUAUCUUUGAUGGUUCACCCUGACAAAUGCAAGCAUCCUCAAGCACAGGAGGCUUUUGGAGCUUUGGCAAAGGCGCAACAGCUACUGCUAAACGACCAAGAAAGAGAUUAUAUUCUCACUCAAGUCCAUGCUGCUAAACAAGAGCUUAAGAUGAAGAGAAAGAAACAGUUGAAGAAAGAUACCGCCUCUAAAAUAAAGUCCUUGGUUGAUGAGGGAAAGCAUGAGCAACUAUAUGAGCAAUCUGAAGAGUUUCAGAAGGAGCUUAAGUUAAAGGUCCGAGAGAUAUUAACAGACCAAGAGUGGCGUAGGCGAAAAAUGGCUAUGAGGAUAUCAGAAGAAGAGGGGAGACUGAAGAAGGAUGAAGAAGAACAAAAGGAGAUACGGAAGAAAAAGCGUGAGCAUGAAGAACAGUGGGAAGGAACGAGAGAAAACAGGGUAUCAAGCUGGAGAGACUUCAUGAAAGCAGGAAAGAAGGCCAAAAAGGGAGAGACUCGUCCUCCGAAAUUGAAGACCGAGGAUCCAAACAAAUCAUACGUCCAAAGGCCGGUCAAGAAAGGCUGAUCUCUGUCUUAUUUUACUGUUGUUGCCAUUGAUAGAUUGGUCAUCUCGAGUAUGAUCUCAGACUUGUUCUGCUCAUGUCUUUGUUUUCUCUUUGUACAUCACCAACUUCUCUGUCUUUCCAAAUUCAUCAGAAACAUGGAUGAGAUAAAUUUAACUCACUUCUCAAACGCUUUUGACCUUUUAACUUAUGUAUUGUGUUAGACUUUAUAUAGUACACUUUGAUCUUUUUAUAUUA